AUGAUGGAUUUGAAUGUUGAAAAUGAGAUUGCAGCAGCUGCUGCUGCCGCUGCCGCUUUUGCUGCGUACGGAUCGGUGCGAAAACAUCGCACGUACGGAUCCACACGUGUGAUAGUGGCGUUAAUCAAAAAUGCCACCGAAUGCCAUUUUUACCAAAAAUAA